GCAGUGUAUUUUAAAUUUUCGGUAACAUGAAAUUGCUAGUGGAUAAGAUCCUAAAAUGAUCAUUGUCGGUGUCAUGUGGACAAAAUAAAAUCAAUAAAGAAAGGAAAUAUUUGAUCAAAUAUAUAACUGGCCUGACCUUUACACCUUUACUGAUAAUUCCACAACUCCACACCACUCACCGUGUUCUCUUCUUCAAAGUCCUUUUUCUUUUCCUCCAGGAUAUUUUCAAGAUACAGAUCCAGCAAUAAUCAUGAAAGACACGCCAAGCUGCUGUCACAUUGUGGCUCUGCCAUAUCCUGGCCGUGGCCACAUCAAUCCUAUGAUGAAUUUCUGCAGGCUACUGGUUUCCAAGCCCAAUACUACUCUUCUCGUCACCAUCGUGGUUACUGAAGAAUGGCUCGGAUUUCUGGGUUCAGAGGAGACCUCAGGAAGUGAGAAAAUUCGUUUCAGAACCAUACCUAAUGUCAUUCCAUCGGAGCUGGUUCGAGCAGCGGAUAUGGAGAAGUUCAUCCAAGCCUUGAACACAGAGAUGGAACCCCACUUCGAGCAGCUUCUUGAUCAGUUGGAUCCCCCAGCUUCUCUCAUCAUGGCCGAUACUCUCCUGUCGUGGACCGUCUGCUUGGGGAACCGGAGAAAUAUUCCGGUGGCGUCAUUUUGGUGCAUGUCGGCCACCGUGUUUUCACUCUUCCACCACUGGGACCUUUUCACACAGAAUGGGCACUUCCCUGUUAAGUUAUCUGAGAACGGGCAUCAGCUAGUGAACUACAUUCCCGGGGUAUCUCCAAUACGCCUCGCUGAUCUCCCUCUACAUUUCACCGGUUACAGCGAAUCACUUAUAAAUCGAAUCCGAGAAGGGUUCUCCAGGGUUCUCAAAGCCCAGUACCUGCUGCUCUCCACGAUGUAUGAGAUUGAACCCCAAGCUGUGGAUGCUCUGAAGCAAAGCCUGGCAUAUCCAAUCUACACCAUCGGCCCUGCGGUUGUCCCAUAUUCCGGUUUGGCAACGGAGAGCGACGAACAACUUGACUACCUGAGAUGGCUGGACCUGCAACCAGCGAGGUCAGUUCUGUAUGUCUCCAUGGGCAGCUACUUGUCCUUUCCAGCAACACAGGUGGAGGAAAUCGCGGCAGGUUUGAGCCAGAGCGGGGUUCGGUUCCUGUGGGUGGCUCGUGGCGAGGCGACGAGACUGCAGAAGGCCUGGGGAGGCGACAGUGGACUCAUGGUGCCAUGGUGUGAACAGUUGAAGGUGCUUCACCACCCUUCGGUAGGCGGGUUCUGGACACACUGCGGAUGGAACUCCGUGCAGGAAUGCGUGCUCUAUGCCGGGGUUCCGAUGCUGACGUGGCCUCUCGGCAUCGACCAAUUGCACAACAGCAAGGUGAUCGUCGAGGAUUGGAGGAUCGGGUGGAAGGUGAAGGAGGAAGCUUGGAUGGGUAGAGAGCGAGUGGCGGGAAUUGUGAAGAAGUUCAUGGAUUGUGAGAACGCCGAAGUGAAAGAGAUGUGGACUAGAGUAAAAGAGCUGCAGCGGAAGGCCAGAGAUGCUGGUUCGGAUGGAGGGUCCAUGGCUACUGGCAUGGGAUGCUUUCUCAGAGACAUUUCAUCCAGCUUGUGUUAAGCAUACACACAAUGUCUUCUCCAUGAAGCUCGAAUCUAGAUCCACAGCAAAGCGGCAGCAUGAGAAUCCAGAUGCAACACGGAUUCAUUCGCCUUUCCCCUUUCUGUUUUGAAUAUUUGAUGCCUCUUGUAAGUUAGGAACCUCGAUGACUGCAUCGCAGACAUUUCAACCGCUUGUUACCGUCGUUGAAGUGAAUGAAUCUCUGCAAGCACAUAACAGAUGCUUUGCUUUAUUGACAUUCAGAAGCUUCCCACUAAGAUGAAAUGAUAACAUAGAAUAUAAGAAACAAUAUAAAAGAGGAUAAAGACAAAAGGGACUAACCAAGGCG